AUGCCUCACAACAUUCUUCUAACUGGCGCUUCCGGCUAUCUCGGAGGAGAUCUCCUCGCGGGGCUCUCUGACGCCAAUUUGCCACCAUAUGGAACACUUUACGCUCUCGUUCGCACCCCAGAGCAAGCCAAGGCUGUAGAGCAGCAUGGCGCAAAACCGUUGAUCUUUGACGUCAAAGAUGAGGCUUCUGUUCGUGAUGCAGUUCUAGAGAACGAAAUCACCGUCGUUUUCUUCUUGAUUGACGCUACCUCUGCUGUCUCUCAGGAGCUAUUCAUCAAGGCUCUUGGCGAAAUGAAAAAGAAGACUGGCUCUGACGUUCACUUCUUGCAUACCUCUGGUGCCAAGCUGUUCUCGAGUCACGCCGGCGCUCCUACAGAUGGCGCACUGCGUGAUGAUGACGCAGAACUGUAUGACAUCCAGGCGACGCAACGCGCAAAUGUUGACGCGUUCAAACCAGUGAUUGGAGUCAACAAGAAAAUUAUUGACCUGGCCGAAGCCAACCAAGUUCGCAGCUACAUAUUCGUACCCUGCAUAGUGUACGGCAAAGGCCGAGGUUUUGGUAAUCCUAUCUCCAUCCAGAUCGUGGCUAUUGUAAAGGCAGCCAAGGCAACGCGGCGAGUCUAUCGAACGGAUCGAGGGCAACCUACUUGGCCUGUGUCCUAUGUGGUUGACAAUACUAACCUAUAUAUCGAGAUUCUCCGCGGAAUUCUGGAGAACAAGGAUAUUGGUUACGGGAAGGAAGGAUAUUACCUCGCAUCAUCGGGGAGUGUCGCUUGGGACGACAUCUACUCUCGAUUUGCAAAGGCCCUCGCUAAGAGAGGCCUUGUUGAUGAUGACGCAAUCCAAGAUGCGGACGAUGAAGCUUUGGGCGGCAUGGCUACCGCUCUUAACUGCUCUAGGGAUUUUGUUGCCGUGCAGCUUGGGGGAAAGUGCACGUUUACUGCCGCUCAUGGAAAUAAGAUUGGCUGGCAAGCUCAGUAUAAGCCAGAGCAUAUCCUAGAAACCGCGGAGGACGAGGUGGACUGGAUCUUGCAGCAUCUGAAAGAAUGA